AUGCCGGAGCCAGCGGUAGAAAAUGUGGUCGUUCACCCUCUAGUGUUGCUCAGCGUGGUUGACCAUUUCAACAGAAUAGGGAAAGUCGGCAAUCAGAAACGAGUAGUGGGAGUUCUCUUGGGGUCGUGGCAGAAGAAGGUUCUUGACGUUUCGAACAGUUUUGCAGUACCAUUCGACGAAGAUGACAGGGACGACUCCGUGUGGUUCCUGGACCACGACUACUUGGAGAACAUGUACGGGAUGUUUAAGAAAGUCAAUGCAAGAGAAAGAAUCGUGGGAUGGUAUCACACAGGACCCAAGUUGCAUAAGAACGACAUCGCCAUCAAUGAGCUCAUCAAACAGUACUGUACCAAUUCAGUGUUAGUCAUUAUUGACGUGAAGCCCAAAGACCUCGGCCUUCCCACAGAAGCGUACAUCUCUGUUGAAGAAAUACACGAUGAUGGAACACCAACAUCCAAGACAUUUGAGCACGUCACCAGCGAGAUUGGAGCCGAGGAAGCAGAAGAAGUGGGAGUGGAGCACCUGCUCAGAGAUAUCAAGGACACGACUGUGGGAACGCUGUCGCAGCGCAUCACCAACCAAGUCCACGGUCUGAAAGGGCUUAACUCCAAGCUGCUGGAAAUCCGCUCUUACCUAGAAAGGGUGGCUGCCGGCAAGCUCCCCAUCAACCACCAGAUCAUCUACCAGCUGCAGGACGUCUUCAACCUCCUGCCCGACGUCAACUUGCUGGAGUUCACCAAGGCGUUCUACCUGAAGACCAACGACCAGAUGCUGGUGGUCUACCUGGCGUCACUCAUCCGCUCCGUGGUGGCCCUGCACAACUUGAUCAACAACAAGAUUUCCAACCGGGACGCCGAGAAGAAGGAAGGCCAGGAAAAAGAGGAGGGCAAGAAGGAGAAAAAAGACGACAAGGAGAAGAAAGAUGAUAAGGAGAAGGACAAAACGGACGGCGCCAAGAAAGACGAGAAAAAGAAAAAAUGA